GGAGAUGAUCAUGUGGUGGGAUCAUUUACACUAAAAUAUUCAAGUUCUUGCGUGGACCCCACUUUGACGAAUUCUUCGAGGGGAAACUCGCUCCUGGGGAUCAAUGCGGGUUCAUUUGAAAGGACGUGCGGUCCGAAACUCACCUAAACGUUGAUACGUCUUGGGAGUGAUGCACUGGCUUCCCCUGGUUGCCAUGGUGAUUGCCUCGGCCCUGUUCUUCCUUCGGUGUCCAAGUGUGCCCAGGCUUGUCGCGAUGGAGCCUGGCAGCGACGUCAAUACCGUCCACGUCAACAUUUCACCGCUCGGUCCCGUCUCCAACGCUUCUCGCACGGAACGCAACCUGACCGGCGCUCGCGGAGAGAGCGGUCCGAGGGACGGCGGUGCAUCGUCGUUAACGUACAAGAGAUUUUUAUCCGACGGCGGGCAGAGCGAGAGGAGCAAGUCCGGCAGCACGGAGAGCCUGAAACUUCAAGCAAACCUGAACCACGUACCUGCGGACCACAGAUCCACCGGCGCCUCACCCGAGAGAUCCACGCUAAAGCAGUGGCCGAGGCAUCUCCAGCCUCCGAGCAAAGCCACCUACCGAGAGGACGCGGCGCCCGCGGACCUGGACCUGCGGUUCAGUGACGAGCAGCUGCUGCUGGACUCUCACCCUCGGGUGCUGUUCUCCACCUCCUCCACGCCCCCCAAACACCCUCCUCUGCAGCUCAUGCUGGAGUCGGGGUUCGUCCCCGAGGACGGAGAGGAGGACGUGGAGGAGGACAAGGCGUCGGGCGUGGCCAAAUCCAAGCAGGCCAGAGACAGAGAAUCGUACCGGAACCUCCUGCUGGGAAUAUCGGACCCGUCGGGGAACCAGCCGACGCCCCCGCGCCGAAGGAGGCGGCAGCUCGGCCACACGGGCCUGGAGCGCUCGGUCUGCGAGUCGGUGAGCGCCUGGGUGAAGGACCGGCGCUCGGCCGUCGACAUGUUCAUGCAGAACGUCACCGUGCUGGAGAAGUUCCCCUCCAAGAAGGGCAUGUUGACUCAGUACUUCUACGAGACGCGGUGCCGCGGGCCGGACCACAGCGGCGUCCACGCCGGGGAGCACGGCAUGGCCGGGGGCGGCUGCCUGGGCGUGGACAAGCGGCACUGGGUGAGCGAGUGCCAGACCAAACAGACUUUCGUCAGGGCGUUCACGACGGACAACGUCAAGGGCACGGGCUGGAGGUGGAUCCGCAUCGACUCGGCCUGCGUGUGCGUCCUGUACUCCAAGGCGCACAAGAAUCGCCUCAUAACCGCGGGGCGGGGGGGCAGAUAAGAGACGGAAGAGACUCUGUUUUAUCGAAACUUCGAAUGCGGAUUUGGGACUCGGACAUGACUGCAGAUUUUCUCCCCUCACUCACCCGCUGUGGAUAUUUAAACAAGCAGAGGAAGAAAAGGACUAGAUUAGAGAUCGACAGAUGAGAGACCGUGUGAACCCACCUCAUCCUCGCCCGCCGCUCCUCGCUGUGACCUCAGAUCCCGGAUUCCUCUUCGCCGUGCCUUUGGGGUGCGGAGCAGAACCCCGUGACGGCUCAUGUUGUUUAUGUAUGUUAUUCUAUACAGGCUGUAAGUUAUUCUAACUGUUAUUAGUAUGUAAGCAUGAGGACCUGUGAUAUUAAUAUAUUUCCCUGUAAAGGUUUCACACCGUGUAAGUAUGUAACUAUGUAUAUAUUUAUGGCGGCUAUUCCGCGGCCUCCGGGGGGCGCCGAGUUCGGAGCCCGCGUGCCUUAUCGCGGGGAGUUCGAAGCGACUCUGAGAUUUUUUUAUGAUACUUUUUUAAAUCCUUGUUUACCGAGAUUUAUAGAGCGGUGCGACUUGAACGUAAACGUUAUUUCAACACGAAACCAUCAUGUAAUUAAAUAUAUACGUAAAGGCAUUAAUAAAAGAUGAAGU